AGGCAGUGCUUAGGUCUCUCCUAAACAUGGCCACCAUGAUGGAGUAAAUGCUUCAACUUUAAAUUUCACAUUUUCAGAAGAAAACUUAAUUUUCUGUAUUCUAACAGGAAUGUUCCAACGGAAGACAUUAUGUCAAACAUAAUCCAUAUGAAAUAUUUGAAGAAAGUUUCUUGUUGGAUUUAAUACUGGUUUAAGUUGGCUGGAAGCUGGAAAGGAAAAAAAAGAAUUGCAUCAAUUCCGUAAGCGUUUUCUUUUCUCUCGAUAGUUUUAAAGCUUUAACAAACCUUUUGUGGGAAUUUACAAGUUGUGGAUAUAUCAUUAUUGCAAUCAUUUUACUGUGAAGAAUUCAAGAAACGAUUGGGAUGUAUAAUAUCAUUUUGAUGCGUUUUCCAGUGGAAAGUGAAUCUUGGUGGUCGAAAGGAGAGAAGUAACGUUUGUGUUAACUGGUUGACGUACUUUUAUAAGCCAAGAACCGAAGAAUACAUAAAGGAAUAUAUCAGUUCAUGUAUGGUUUUGAGGCGCCGAAAGUGCACCGGUCGUUUCCCCAUAUUUUUGAAUUGGUGGAAGAUCGAGUCAACGAUACCCCCCCACCCCACUUAUAAUAAACGAAAGUAUUACAUUUCUCAUAUGGCUUUAAAGGUCAUGAAGGAAAUUCAUCUACACUUCUAGGGUUUAAAAGAAUGUCAUCAGAGUACAAGAGUCUGGAUCCCUCUGACCACGGACCGUCUCCUCCCCUGAGCAGCACUGGGGGGGGCUCCCCUUCAGACAGCCCCUCCCCUGCCUCCACAGACAGGCGCCCCCGUGGCCGGCCUCGUAAGGAUGCAGGCGCGCCCACGCGAGUACCCACACAAAAGAAGGGUCGUAGCAGAGGCCAGUCCCAGGCUGAGGAUGAGGACAGCAUGGACGGGAGGGAAACCACUGAAGCCCAGAACAUGCAGGAGAUGGAAGUUAAGGAGCUGGUCCUGGAUGUUGAGGAGGUCAUCGUGCCCCUGUUGUCCAGCCCUGUGCCCAGCCCCAGGGACGACAGACCCCUUUCUCCACUAUUCCAGCGCUCUGUGUCGGAGGACUCAGCAGGAUCCUCUGCCUCGGCCUUGGAGCACGCCAAAAUCCGUGAAAAGCUGUGUGCCUUCUGCUACAGUGGGGAGAAGAGUUUCCUGGGCCAGGGCGACCUGAUGGUGUUCGGCCCCACGCCCGGCUACGUGCCGCUGCACAUCCGCAACCGCCGCGGAAGCUCUGAGAAAGACGACGACUACCACGAGGACGACUUCCAAGACGACGACCACGACACCAAGAGCCCGGGGCAGCGCGACAGCGGGAGGGGACUUAAAAAGGUCAGCUCUCCGGACAGUGGUCUGCACUCUUCCUCGGCACCCGGCAGCACGGACCCCUUCAGCGAGGAGCCGGCCCCCAAGUUCUGGGACGAGCUUGGUCAGAUCGGCCUCCCCGACGACAUCAACGUCCAGUCCCUGUUUGACCCCACAGGCCAGUGCUGUGCCCACCUGCACUGUGCCGCCUGGUCCGAGGGGGUAUGUCGUGGCGAGGCCCAGGACUCGCUGCUCUAUGUGGACAAAGCCAUAGACUCUGGGAGCACAGAGUGCUGUGCAUACUGUAAGCGCCUUGGGGCAUCCAUCAAGUGCUGUGAGGAGGGCUGCUGCCGCUCGUACCAUUUCCCCUGCGCUGCCGCCGCCGGAACAUUCCAGGACCUGCGCCGACACACCCUCCUCUGCCCUGACCACCUCCAUCUGGCCUCACAAACAUCUAAAGAGGAGGUGAAGUGCUUGUUGUGUGACAGUGCUGGGGACCUGCAGGACCAGCUCUUCUGUACCGCGUGUGGGCAGCACUACCACGGGGUGUGUUUGGACGUGGGUGUUACCCCCCUGAAGAGGGCCGGCUGGCAGUGCCCCGAGUGCAAAGUCUGUUUGACCUGCAGGAACCCGGGAGAGGACAGCAAGAUGCUGGUGUGUGACAUGUGUGACAAAGGCUAUCACACCUUCUGUCUCCAGCCUGCAAUGGAAUCCAUCCCCACCAAUGGCUGGCGAUGCAAGAAUUGUCGGGUGUGUUCUCAGUGCGGAGUCAGGCAGGCAGGCCACUGGGGCCACAACAUCACACUGUGUGAGAGUUGCCACACGCGACCGGAGGAGCCCGCCCCCGCCCUGUCGUGUCCACUGUGUGGGAGGGGCCAGGGCCCCAGCGACGUCCCCAAGGAUGACCUCCUCAACUGCCAUACCUGCAAAAGGUGGCUUCAUGGGGAGUGUGAGAAGCAGGCAGGGGGCGACCUGGACCUUUACCCCCAGGCCGACUACGUCUGUACACAGAGAGACAUGGUGGAAACCCCAGCCAGCCCCAUCCAGGAACCCACAGAACCAGAACCAGAGCCAACUAUGGAUGUUUUCAUGGCUGUGGUGGAGAUGGUGGUGCCGCUUUUGGAAGGGGCGUGCCCUAGCCCUCGGCUGGAGCAAGGGGCGUGCCCUAGCCCUCGGCUGGAGCAAGGGGCGUGCCCUAGCCCUCGGCUGGAGCAAGGGGCGUGCCCUAGCCCUCGGCUGGAGCAAGGGGCGUGCCCUAGCCCUCGGCUGGAGCAAAGGGCGUGCCCUAGCCCUCGGCUGGAGCAAGGGGCGUGCCCUAGCCCUCGGCUGGAGCAAGGGGCGUGCCCUAGCCCUCGGCUGGAGCAAGGGCGUGCCCUAGCCCUCGGCUGGAGCAAGGGGCGUGCCCUAGCCCUCGGCUGGAGCAAGGGGCGUGCCCUAGCCCUCGGCUGGAGCAAGGGGCGUGCCCUAGCCCUCGGCUGGAGCAAGGGGCGUGCCCUAGCCCUCGGCUGGAGCAAGGGGCGUGCCCUAGCCCUCGGCUGGAGCAAGGGGCGUGCCCUAGCCCUCGGCUGGAGCAAGGGGCGUGCCCUAGCCCUCGGCUGGAGCAAGGGGCGUGCCCUAGCCCUCGGCUGGAGCAAGGGGCGUGCCCUAGCCCUCGGCUGGAGCAAGGGGCGUGCCCUAGCCCUCGGCUGGAGCAAGGGCCCCUCGGCUGGAGCAAGGGCGUGCCCUAGCCCUCGGCUGGAGCAAGGGGCGUGCCCUAGCCCUCGGCUGGAGCAAGGGGCGUGCCCUAGCCCUCGGCUGGAGCAAGGGGCGUGCCCUAGCCCUCGGCUGGAGCAAGGGGCGUGCCCUAGCCCUCGGCUGGAGCAAGGGGCGUGCCCUAGCCCUCGGCUGGAGCAAGGGGCGUGCCCUAGCCCUCGGCUGGAGCAAGGGGCGUGCCCUAGCCCCCGGCUGGAGCAAGGGGCGUGCCCUGUCCCCCGGCUGGAGCAAGGGGCGUGCCCUGUCCCCCGGCUGGAGCAAGGGGCGUGCCCUGUCCCCCGGCUGGAGCAAGGGGCGUGCCCUGUCCCCCGGCUGGAGCAUGGGGCGUGCCCUGUCCCCCGGCUGGAGCAUGGGGCGUGCCCUGUCCCCCGGCUGGAGCAAGGGGCGUGCCCUGUCCCCCGGCUGGAGCAGGCGGCGUGCCCUGUCCCCCGGCUGGAGCAAGGGGCGUGCCCUGUCCCCCGGCUGGAGCAAGGGGCAUGCCCUCUGCGGGAGGAGGGGGCGGGCCCUAGCCCUCUAAAGGAGCAGGAGCCCAAAGAGUCUUCCUCAGGUGCUGAACCUGCGCAGGAGAUCCAGGUGACCGUUACCCUGACGGAGGGCCCGGAGUCUCCCCAGAGGUCUGGAACUCUAGUGGGCGUGUCAUCGCUCGCCUCCCAGAGUCCCGCAGCACCCAGGGCCGACGACGACCAACAGGAACUGGAAAUAUCGGACUCUCCAGAAGCGGCAAAAAGGGUGGCGCUUGAAGAGGCGUUGCCCCACAAUGCAGAGGAGACCAAAUCGGAGGAUUCCAAAACCACUUUUACUCCGCCCACCAAAGAAAUAUCCCAUGAGCCUUUGGAGGAGACUACCGAGGAGCCCCCUGUAGAGGAGGAGAUGCCUAUGGAAGUAGCACCUGUGGAAAUGACAUCUUCAGAUUUGGAACUGGCUGUUGAGGAGAAUGUUCUGGAACCUAUGCAGGAGGAGCAGGGUGCAGUUGCGGAAAAGGAGGUUGUGCAGAAGGAGUUAGAGGACGAGGGGGAGGAUUUGCCUCCAAUUGUUUUAGAUGAGGGGGAGGUGUUGCCUUCAAAUGUAUUGCCAGUUGAAGAGGAUACAAUCAGAGAAAAGGAGCUUAGUCCCAUGGCUGAACUUCCUGAAUGGAAGAGCACGGUAGACAUGGAUACCACGGUAGAAAUGGAUACUACCCCUGCCAGCGACUGCAGCUUCUCGGACUUCGGCUCUCCGAGGGGAGAGAGCAAAGCCUCCAAGGCCUCCCCUGGAUUGUCUCCCAAGCUCUCGUUUGGGCUGGCCCCAUCCCCCUUCUCUACAGAGGCCUCCCCUAGGAAAGCCAGCCCACCCCAGGUUCAGGUCCAAAUCCAGGCCCAGCCUUAUCCUGGAUACAGUGCUAGUGUGCCUCCCACCAACACAACCUUUAUUCCCCUCACCCCCAAGAUUGGAAUGGGGAAGCCUGCCAUCUCCAAGAGGAAGUUCUCCCCAGGGAAGCCAAGGGUGAAGCAGGGAGCAUGGAGUAACCGUAGGGCUUCGAGCCCCCCCUCUUGGUCCCAGCAGGACCCCUCGGAGGGGGGGUGGGAUGGCCCACAAACCAGGCAGCUGCAAGAGGCACCCGUCUGGAGCAUGAGAGUGGGUCGUGGUUCAACCUUCCCUGGAAGGCGGAGACCCCGGGGGGCCAACCUGUCUGGGCGCGGGGGCCGCGGACGCUCCCGAGGACUCAAGGCCUACACCAGCUUUGCCGUAACCCCUGGGGCCAGUUUUGUGGAGCAGCCGUACCUGGUGGUGGAGGAGAACACAAUGCAUAACACUGUGGUCAUGUUCUCAACCUCAGACCACUUCACACUCAGGCAGGACAUGUGUGUGGUGUGUGGGAGUUUUGGCCAGGGGGCAGAGGGCAGGUUGCUGGCCUGCUCUCAGUGUGGCCAGUGUUACCAUCCCUUCUGUGUCAACAUCAAGAUCACCCGGGUGGUGCUGAGUAAAGGCUGGCGCUGUCUGGAGUGCACAGUGUGCGAGGCGUGCGGCCAGGCCAGCGACCCGGGCCGCCUGCUGCUGUGUGACGACUGUGACAUCAGCUACCACACCUACUGCUUGGAUCCGCCCCUACAGACAGUGCCCAAGGGUAGCUGGAAGUGCAAGUGGUGUGUCUCCUGUACCCAAUGCGGUGCCACCUCCCCUGGCCUGAGGUGUGACUGGCAGAACCACUACACCCUGUGUGGACCCUGUGGCAGCUUGGCAUCCUGCCCGGUGUGCAUGCACAGCUACCGUGAGGACGAGCUCAUCGUGCAGUGCCGCCAGUGUGACAGGUGGGUCCACGCAUGUUGCCAGGGCCUGAACACGGAUGAGGAGGUGGAGAAUGCAGCGGAUGAUGGCUUUGACUGCACCAUGUGUCGAAUGCACGCUCUGCCUUCGCAGGGCAAAAUGAAAGCCCUCCUGUCUGAUGGCUGCGAGGCCCCGAUGGUGACCCAGAUGGUGACUAAAAUAAGAGAGCCAGCCAAUCAGAAGACAUACACCCAGGAUGGGGUGUGUCUGACAGAGUCGGGCAUGUGCCAGCUGCAGAGCCUGGUGGUGCCCUCUUCGUCGACCCGCCGAGGUCAGAACAGGCGACCCAAGCCCAAGCUCAAGCUGAAGAUCAUAAAUCAGAACAGUGUAGCUGUGCUCCAGACUCCACUGGACUCCCACUACUUAGAGCUGUCCCGGGACGGGUACAUGGACAACAACCGAGGGGACAUCAUGAUGUACUGUGACGUUAAGUCUGAGUCCAGCCCGGAACGGGAGCCCGUUGACGACGCCAAGGGUGCCGAAGACACCGACGGAAACAAGAAGAGGAAGAGGAAACCGUACCGGCCCGGUAUUGGAGGGUUUAUGGUCCGCCAGAGAAGCAGGACGGGACAAGGCAUAGCCAAACGAUCCCUAUCCGGGAAAGACUCGACGUGGUCGUUACCUGAGAACCCAAUGUGCAAAGAGGAGGGGUGGAACGAGACAGAGAGUACUCCAGGGAAGGAGACCCCACCGGUGCCUGAAUGUCAGGAGAAAGUCAAGAAAAGAUACCGCAAAAAGAAAACCAAACUGGAAGAGGAGUUCCCUUCAUACCUGCAGGAGGCCUUCUUCGGGAAGGGGCUGCUGGACAAGAGCAAGCAGAGCAGGCAGGCAGGCCUGCUGACCAUGGGGCUCUGUGAGGAGCUGCUGGACAAGUGCAAGCAGAGCGGUCAGGCAGGCCUGGUGACCACGGGGCUCUGUGAGGAGAGCCCAGGGGCCCAUGCAGAGACCAAACCCCCCAGCGCCAGCUUCCUGGACCCCUUGUCGGACCCGCUGCUCAGUGCUACCUCCACCACCACACCCAUCUCCAGCAAAGCAGGACUGCCCGAUACCGAGGAUCCCUUAGUGGACCUUUCGGAAGUCCUGAGCACGGAUGCAGAUCUCCUGGGAAUGCUGUCGGAUGAUCUGGUGAAGUCGGGGCACAACUCAGGUCUUGAUUUAUGCCCUUUCCAAGUCGACUGCUCUUCCUCUCCGUUUGCUGGUCUGGACAUGGACCCCAUACCUGAUGAUCCCACUGGGCCCUGUCAGGGCUCGGCAGGCCGGGGGCCCAGGGCUCUACAGGAGGAGCCUCUGGACGUCAUCCUGAGCCCAGAACUGGACAAGAUGGUCGCAGAUGGUGCAAUUCUCAGUAAGCUCUACAAAAUCCCAGAGCUGGAGGGUAAAGACGUGGAGGACCUCUUCACAGCGGUCCUGAGUCCCAGCACCAGCCAGCCUCCACAGCUGCCUCACGCCCACCCUGGGCCCAAUGUACCUAGAGCCGUGGCCAUUCCAAACCCAGGCGACCAUGGAAUGUUUCCCCGCAUGCCAAUGAUAAACGGCAUGAUGGGGCCCAACCCUCACUUUCCUCCAACUCCCAUGAUGACCGGCAGCACAGGCCCAUGUGGACUGGGAAACUUCUCGCCCAUUCACAGAAUGCCUUUCCCAGACAAGAUUAGGGACAAGAAGUUUAGCCAGAUGGGGGGUGAUGUGGUUGGUUCAUGGAGCGCCCCCGGCCCCGUCCCUGGCCCCGUCCCACCUCCAGAGGGAGAGACAGACACCAUGUCCAACGCCCAGAGGAGCACGCUCAAGUGGGAGAAGGAGGAGACUCUGGGCGAGAUGGCCACCGUGGCCCCAGUCCUCUACACCAACGUCAACUUCCCCAACCUCCUAGAGGAGUUCCCAGACUGGGCUAUGAGAGUGAAACAAAUUGCAAAGUUAUGGAGGAAAGCCAGUUCCCAGGACAGGGCCCCAUAUGUGCAAAAAGCACGGGAUAACCGGGCGGCCCUGCGCAUAAACAAAGUUCAGAUGUCAAAUGAUACGCUGAAGAGACACCAGCAUCCUCAGCAGCAGCAACUGUUGACUGACACCUUUGACCCCAAUAGUGUCCCCUUGGACACUGAGCUGCUCUUCAAAGACUCUCUCAAGCCCAAGGAGUCUGAACACGAGCAGGAGUGGAAGUUCAGACAGCAAAUGAGACAAAAGAGCAAGCAGCAGGCGAAGAUUGAAGCCACUCAAAAGCUGGAGCAGGUUAAAAAUGAGCAGCUCCAGCAACAACAACAACAACAACAGCUGUUUAGCAGUCAGGCAGGUGGAGAUACAACCCCUAAUAGUGGUAACCAGAGCCCCAUGACUCCUCAGCCCAGCAAUGGAGGAAAGUCUGGAAACUCAUCCCCACUGCAGCCAAUAGUGUCUAAGGAUGGCUUCGCUAGACCACAACUCCCGGGCACACCCACCUCUGGGUCACAGGAUGACGUGUUCCUCAGACCCCAGCUCCCACCUCCGUCCUCGAGGACGCCCACCCAGGAGACCUCGUACCCUCAACAGGGACCAUCCUCCCAGCCCCAGUCACCACAUAUGUUUUCCCCGGAUUCCUCCUCAGGCUCCCGGCCGUCCUCGCCCUGGGACCCAUACGCCAAAAUGGUGGGCACCCCAAGACCGCCCCCUGGGGGUGGUGGAUCCACCACGCCCCGGCAGAACUCUCUGUCGGAGAUGCAGGAAAGGGGAGGGAGGCCUUCUGGUAAUGCUGACCCCUAUGCUAAGAUGCCAGACACCCCCAGGCCCCCUGACCCCUUUGUUAAACCCAUGGGACCUGCCAGGGUGGGCCCUUCAGGACUGGUUGAGCAGCAGCAACACCAGCAGGUCAGGCACAACAUGAUGAGCUCUCCUUCUGGAGGAGAGACUUUUGCCAGGAUGGGCGGACACCGAGCCGAGGUCUACCAGCGCAUGUCUCACAACCGCAUGAUCCUCUCUGACCCCUACUCCAGGCCUUUGCUCACUCCCAUCCCUGGCAGCAACGAGUCAGGCUCCGUCUCGGUGUUCAAAGCCCCCAUGCCUCCCCAGCAGUCCCAGCAAGAGCCCUACGGUGGCCCUAUGCCUGGGGGACUUAAACGAGGGCCAUCUGAUGGCUUUCCCCAAGGACUACAGGCCGACCCUUACGCCCAGCAGCCUCUCACCCCCCGGCCACUCAUGGGGGAAGGGUUCCCCAACGAGCCCAAGAUGAUGUGCCAAACCCAGGAGGGCCAUUUCUCUCAACCCAUGCCAAUGAUUAGACACCCUCACAGAAACCCGUAUGCACAAGCGCCAUCUACCCCGAGACCGGAUUAUUCACAGCAGAUGUCUGACCCUUACACCCAACCACCAGGCACCCCCAGACCUCACUCUGAAAGCUAUGCUCAACCUCCCGGCACCCCAAGGCCACACUCGGAUCCCUCAUACCUGCAGACGCCGCCUAGCCUUCGUCUAGACCAGUUCCCCCAGCAGCACCCACCCAAUCACAGACCGUCUCCAUCUCACUCCAUGGAUCCCUAUGCUUCCAUGCCAGGUACCCCCAGACCAGCACCAGGGGAUAGGUUUCCCAAAUCCCCCGGUAGUCAAAGGAACAUGGACCCGUAUGCCCAACAACCCGGAACACCAAGACCGCUCCUCGCUGACCCUUAUGCACAAGCUCCAGGGACGCCGCGGCCAGAAGCAGGCCCUGAUGCCUUCAAUCGACUAUGCUCCAGACCGACGCCCAUGUCCCAGCUCCCAGCUGACCCAUUCUCCCACCAGUCUCCGGGCAGGGUGCAGGACGGGUUUGCCUGUCCAAGCGCCCCGGGCUCGCAGACAGCUAAGCACCCAGGAAUGUCGGAUGAAAGUUUCUCUCUGCCGCAGUCGAAUCAUCACGGUGGUCAAACCCAGAUUCACGAUCCCUUUGAACUGGGUCCAAUGACACCUUAUGCCCAAACUUUGGAAAGGCAGGCCCAUGAUAUCCCUCAGUCUAGCAGAAACACCGUUGACACUCAGAACAGCAUGCUACCACACCUGGGAGACACUGAGGAGAAGCUCAGACAGCGCCAGAGACUGCGCCAGCAGAUCCUUAGGCAGCAACAACAGAAGUCUGCCAUCCGGCAAGAGAAAGGACUACUACAGGAAACUGUUGCAGCCCCCAGCCCGGGGACACCCCGCCACUGGUCACAUGAUGAUCCCGCCCCACAGAAUGACAUGUUCGGCAGACCACCACCACCUUACCCAGGACCCAUGAGAGGAGGUCAGAGGUUCCCUGGUACCUUUCUAGGGGACCAGCGAGGACACUUCCCCAAUGAGGGCCAGUUUGCCAGACCCCACUUCCCCAGGGACAUGGGCAUGAGGCCACAAGAAAUGAGGUUUGGAUUCCCUUCCAGCCCUCAAGGAUCCCUUCAACCAGGCCAGGAGCAACACUUCCUCAGGGCCCUUCACCAGAUGCCCGGCGGGCCCAUGGUCGACAAUGUUCCACCCCAGAUGAGAAUGUCUCACUCUGUGGACUUUUCCAGGGGGGUCAUGGGGGGCAACACCCAGAUGGGGCUCCCCCAGCCCUUUCCCCCACAGGGCCUUCCUGUCCAGCAGCACAACAUCAUGGGUCAGCCGUUCAUCGAGCUCCGCCACAGGGCCCCUCAGAACAGAAUGAGGAUGCCCUUUGGGCAUGGACCUCCCAAUGUCAUGGACCCCUCCAACCAGCCUCAGAUACCACCCCAGGGCUUCAUGGAAGGCCAGGAGAUGGGCUUCGCUGGGAACCAGUUAUCCAGAAUGAUGGACCCCAUGAUGGACAGUCCUUCCCAGGGAUCGGUCGGUCACACACACAUGUCGGCUAGUAUGGAGAACCUGCACCAGCAGCAGACUGAAGUACCAAUGACCAUGGGGCAGCGACAGCAUCCUUCACUGAAUAGGUCACUCAGCCACCCUGUCACUGGUGAGCCACUCAAUGCAGCGCCAUCUAGUAUGCUCUUGCCUGGGUCUAGCACCGGUCAAACGGAAGAGACUCAGAUACCCAGUGGAGACGGAAUUGAGGAAAACUUGGACGCUGAAGACUCCGCAGUAAAGGACCUUGAAGAUGUGGAGGUCAAAGACCUGGUCGAUCUGAACCUGAACCUGGACCCGGAUGAUGGCAAAGACCUUGAACUGGGACCCAAUGACCUGCACCUCGACGACUUCCUCAUGUCAGGGAAGUUUGACCUCAUCGCCUACACGGACCCCGAGCUCAACCUGGAUGACAAGAAAGACAUGUUCAAUGAAGAAGAUCUGGACCUGGGCGACCCUAUGGAGGACCACCAACAGGGUGAGACCUCAGACCUCCAGAAAGCCUUGUCAGAGAAGAGGAAAGGCAGCGUGGAUGACGCAGCCACCUCGUCCCAAUCCGGGGUGAAAUCUGACAAACGGGAGGCCAACGAAGCGAAAGAGACCUUAGACAUGUUUAAAACCGAGGAUACAAUCAAAACGGAGGUCAAAGAUGAACACGUGCACAACCAGGACCAGUCUCUCUGCAGUGGCCCGAUGAAUGACAACAGAACCAUAACAAACCAAGAGGGCGCAGGGCUGUAUGAGCAGCCUGGACAAAGUGACUCCGGCUCAACUCCGGUCCUCUCCUGCCUUCUGAUCAAAGAAAAACUGGAAAACAUUGGGUUUGGCCCAAACUGCUCUCCUCAAAAAGGUAACAUGGCUGCACAGGCCACCGGGCUACACCCAAGCACCGGCAUGCUGAUGCUACCUAGGCAACACGCCCAAGACAACAGGCUCAAUCCCAGCGUGGCUAUGGGACAUCGUGUGAGCCCCACGGUGGUUCAGAGCAGACUUUCAAUGGGAAACCUCAGCUUCGGGGCCUCAGCCAACCAACAGGUGGAGCUCAACCUAGCCAUGGUUGGAGCCGGUCAGCAGCCCACUGCCCACGGCCAGAACCCCCAGGGCCAGCAGGGCAUAUUCCCCCAACAGCAGGGACCCUCACUGGGGCAGGCCGGCCCACAGAACAGGCCUCUGCUGCUGGAAGAGCAGCCCCUCCUCCUACAGGACCUGCUGGACCAGGAGAGGCAGGAGCAGCAGCAACAGAGGCAAAUGCAGGCCAUGAUCCGACAGCGCUCCAGCGACUCCUUCUUCCCCAAUAUGGACUUUGAUGCCAUCACGGACCCGAUCAUGAAGGCCAAGAUGGUAGCUCUGAAGGGAAUCAAUAAAGUCAUGGCUCAAAACAGCAUGGGAAUGCCCCCAAUAGUCAUUAACAGAAUUCAGCAGACGCCAGGAGCACAUGGACCAGAUGCUGCCGCCGCUCUGCCUCAACAUGUGCUUGGACAGGACGGGAAGUUGGCUCCACAGAUGGCAAGACCAAACCCCCCAAAUUUUGGACCUGGAUUUGUCAACGACAGCCAGAGGAAGCAGUAUGAGGAGUGGCUCCAGGAGACCCAGCAGCUGCUCCAGAUGCAGCAGAAGUUUCUAGAAGAUCAGAUUGGGGCCCACAGGAAGUCCAAGAAGGCCCUGUCGGCCAAACAGCGGACCGCCAAGAAGGCAGGCCGGGAGUUCCCUGAGGAGGACGUCGAGCAGCUGAAGCAUGUGACCGAGCAGCAGAGUGUGGUGCAGAAGCAGUUGGAGCAGAUUCGGAAACAGCAGAAAGACCAUGCAGAGCUGAUAGAGGAGUACCGUGUCAAGCAGCAGCAGCAACGGCCAUGUCUCCAGGCUCCUAUGAUGCCACCCAUGCCUGGGAUGCAUACUCAAGCUGCCCCUAUGAUGCCCGGAGCGCCCCCUAUGGGCCAGCCCAUGAUGGGGCCCAUGAUGCCAAUGCAGCCCCACCCCAGCCAACAUAACCCUGCCUGCAUUCCCAACAUGCCAGGCUGGCACCCAGGGGGAGCCCAAGGACUGAUGGGAGGCCCAGGUCCAAGAAUUCCAGCUCACAUGCCCCCACAGAUGCCCCUUGCUAGCCCUGCCCAGUUGCCACCGCCCCAGUUACCACCCCAAGCCCAACUACCACCACAGCCCACACCCUCAAUGGUGCCUGGCGCAAAAGCUACACCAACGGGAAACGGAGCAGGUGCCCAGGGAGCGAACGGUGGAAGUGGUGGCAACAGCCUCGCUGUGAAAUUUGACGACAACAACCCAUUCAGUGAGGGCUUCCAGGAGCGCGAGAGGCGGGACCGCCUGAGGGAGCAGCAGGAGAGACAGAGGGUCCAGCUUAUGCAGGAGGUGGAGAGGCACCGGGCCAUGCAGCAGCGGCUGGAGAUGGAGCAGCAAGGCCUGGGUCUGGGGCCUACUGGGCUCCUAUCCGGCUCUGGAGCUACAAACCCCGGAGGGGAUAGCUUGGCCCACAUGCCAUUCUACAGUACUGAUCUGCCCCAAGACUUCAUGCAACCCUCUAGGCCUAAACAACAGCAGGGGCAGCUAGGGCCCAUGUACCCCGAGCAGAGCAACAUGCAGCCAAGCUUCACCAGCACUGGCGGGCCACUCCCAGGUCAGGGCUUCAUACCGGAUGGUGAGCGCAGGUCCAUGCCUGGGAACAGGGCAUUUGGUAGUCCCGAGAUGGGUCCCAAUUUCCGGUCCAAAAUCCCCAUGCUACAGGGGCUUAACUACCCCCCUGGACAGCCCCGUCCCGCUGGGUUCAGAGAUCGUGGGAUGAUGCCUCAGGUCGGGGGCGAGGGACAUGGACCCCCAUUCGGAAUGGACUCAUCCACCCCCCUACCUCCCAACUACCCCGGCUCAGGCCAGUCCUUGAUCCAGCUCUACUCCAACAUCAUCCCAGAGGAGAAGGCCAAGAAGAAGAGGAACAGGAAGAAGAAGAGAGACUCUGUCGACGACGCAGACUCAGUCAAGACCCCAUCCACUCCCCACUCAGACCUCUGCGCCCCACUGACUCCCUCCCACAUGUCUGACACCUCAUCCACCCCCACCCGGAGCCUCAGCAUUCCCGGAGAGCAGGAUCUGUCUGAUCUUUUCCUCCCUGUGGGGUCCUCGGGUUUGGCCCCCUCCUCAGAACUGGAGAGGCAGCUCUCGGGCAGCGGCUUAGCCCAGGGUGGGCUCUCCAACAUGGGCUCGGAGAAUGACCGGGCCUCCCUGUUUGACGAAACCCUCCAAAUCAAGCUGGAGAGGAUAGAGACUGAGUGCAGAGGGGCCGUGGCAGCCAACGAAGGGUCUGCCUUGUGGCACGGUCCCCGAGCCGGGGGGAUAGUGAAGGAGGAGGAGGGAAGCGAGGGGGGGCUCUCUUCACCACUCCAUGGCGCCAAAGGGGGGGACGCAGGGAAUGAGCUGCUUAAGCACCUGCUGAAAAACAAGAGUACGCCCCCGCCAGGUGCCAGCGCCAACCAGGCCCCUCCCACACAGCAGAUAUCCUGCAACAGCCUUAGCUCAGAGCAAGAGGCCUCGGCAGACCUCAAAGCCACCGCCAGGCCGGCCUCCACCACCAACAACAUGACUCCCCCACACAGUCAGCUGACAGGAAGCACAGAGCUUCUAGAACCCUCGGUUCCGGCACAGGGCAAAAGGAAGCAGCAACGCAACAAACGGACGCCCAAAAACGGGGCGGAGAAACCGCCGUCACGCUACAAGAGGAGGAAGAAGGAGGAAGAGGAGAGGCAGAUCGGUUAUUCCAGUACUGACAGUCUGACACAGCUCAAACGGCAGCUCUCUCUGCUGCCCCUGAUGGAGCCCCUAAUGGGGGUCAACUUUGCCCACUUCCCACCCUUCGGCAGCGGGCAGGUCAACGGGGAGAACAGGCUGUCGGGCUCCUUCGGCAGCGCCUCUCUGGAUGGCGUGUCAGACUACUAUUCACAGCUCAUCUACAAGCAGAACAACUUGAGCAACCCACCUACCCCUCCAGCGUCACUCCCACCCACGCCGCCUCCCAUGGCGAGGCAGAAGAUGGUCAACGGGUUCGCCACGGCCGAGGACCUCGCCAGGAAAGCUGCUGUCUUGGGCAGCCAUGAUGUGAUCAAAGGACUGAGAGCCAAGCAGCUACCUACAGCAUUCCGGACAGAGGAAGACCUCAUGGCCCAUGACAUCACCCAGGGGCCCAAGAGAGUGGACGUUCCCGCCUCGCUCCCCACACCACCUCAUAACAACCAGGAGGAACUCAGGGGCCAGGACCACUGUGUAGACAGGGACACCCCCGACAGCUUUGUCCCCUCCUCAUCCCCCGAGAGCGUAGUCGGCAUGGAGAUCAGCCGCUACCCCGACCUGUCAAAGGUCAAGGAGGAGCCCACCUCGCCUUGCUCCUCUCCCGUCAUACCCAUGCUGCCUAGCGCCAGCGGGAAAGGAACUGAGAUAAAGCAAGAGGUCAAGACUGAACCCUCAAGCUCCUUCUUCGGGUCCCAGUUUGGACAGCCUCCAUCCUGCGCCAAAGCUGGCCUGGUAUCCAUAGAAAUCACCUUGAAUCCGGUCUCAGCGGAGAACAUCCCUGGCGUUGUGGCUGCGGUGGCCGAUCUACUGUGUGUGACCAUCCCCGGCAGCUACGAGGUGAGCCGCAGCCCAGAGCGCAGCUCCCUGGCCUUACUGGCUGGACUCAAGGUGCCUCAGACCCAGGGAAUAGACCCCCUUCACGUAUCCAUGUUUCCCCAGCACCAGCAGCCCCCCACCAUGAGGUCCCUGAGACCCCCUGGAUCACCCAACCAUCCCAGAAUUAGCCAGCCAUUUCAGCCCAUUGGCCCACCCACCAGCGCAGGUUCAGCUGCCAGGGGGGAGGGGCCUAAACCCCAGUGGUGCUGCCACUGCAAGGUGGUGGUUCUGGGAAACGGAGUGCGCAAGUCCAUCAAAGACCUAGCCUGCAGCAAACGGGAGAGACCGAGUCAGGUCUUCUGCAGCUGCAACUGUUUUGUCCUCCACACCGCAGCCACACAGUCCAAAGCCACAGACAGUAAGCCAAACACGUCUCCUCUCUUGCCUGAGUCGUCGGUCAAAGAGAGCCCGUCUAAGGUGCUCCACCAGUAUAGUAACAACAUGUCCACACUGGACGUCCACUGCCUGGCCCAGCUGCAGCCCAAACAGUCUACCCCCUCCAGCCCCCCUCCCAUCUCCUUCCCCACAGAGAAACCCAAGCCGGACACCCUCAAGGUGACGGUCAAGCUCAAGCCAAGGCCCCGAGCAGUCCACUCUGCCAGCGGGGGUGGUGAUGACAUGUCGCCCCGCCACCACAAGCGCUGGAAGGGCCUGCGCUGGCGCAAGUGGAGUGUACACGUCGUGUUUCCCACUAGAGGCAGCCUGCUGUCCUCUCUGCCCGGUGAGGAUGAGGUGGAUGAGCUGCUGAGGAAGCUGGGUGCCUCUCUGCGUCCCGAUCCCCUCCCCCGGGACCUGCGGCGUUGCUGCUUUUGCCACGAGGAGGGCGAUGGCAUGACAGACGGCCCCGCACGCCUCCUCAACCUGGACCUGGACCUGUGGGUACACCUGAACUGCGCUCUGUGGUCAUCUGAGGUGUAUGAGACGCAGGCGGGCGCCCUGAUCAACGUGGAGCUGGCACUGCGGCGGGGCAUGGCAGUGCGCUGCACCUACUGCCAGCAGACAGGCGCCACCAGUGGCUGCCACCGACUGCGCUGCGGCAACGCCUACCACUUCACGUGCGCGCUCAAGGCACAGUGCACCUUCUUCAAGGACAAGACAAUGCUGUGUCACCUGCACCGGCCCCGUGGCAUCGGCGGUGGCGACGGGAGAGGAGGCGACAGGGCCGUGGCGCCCGCCACUACCCACCACGACCAGGAGCUGCGAUGCUUCACAGUGUUCCGCCGCGUCUACGUGCAGCGCGACGAGGCACGGCAGAUGGCCAGCAUCGUGCAGCGUGGCGAGCGCCGGCACACGUUCCGCGUGGGAAGCCUGGUGUUCCACACCGUGGGUCAGCUGCUGCCCCAGCAGAUGGCUGCCUUCCACUCAGCGAACGCCAUCUUCCCCGUGGGCUACCGGGCCAGCCGCAUCUACUGGAGCACACGCCAAGGCAACCACCGAUGCCGCUACCUGUGCUCGGUGGAGGAGAACGAGGGCCAGCCGGAGUUUGUGGUGCGGAUGAUAGAGCAAGGCUACGAUGACCUGGUGCUCACCGGCGCCUCACCCAAAGGUGUAUGGGACAAGAUUCUGGAGCCUGUGGCUGACCGGCGUAACGAAUCAGGAACUCUGAAACUGUUCCCCGUCUACUUGAAGGGAGAGGACCUGUUUGGAUUCACUGUCACCGCCGUCACCAGGAUCGUAGAAUCGCUUCCCGGAGUAGAAGCCUGUGACAGAUAUACUUUCCGGUUCGGACGCAACCCUCUCAUGGAGCUCCCCUUGGCCAUAAACCCAACUGGCAGUGCCCGCUCAGAACCCAAGGCCUGCAGCCAUGUCAAGAGGUUGGUGUUAAGACCUCACACUUUGUCCAGCACCGGCAUCGUCUCCUCUAAGUCCAUGCAGACGGUUGGCAGCGUGGGUGUGGUGGAAGCACCGGAAGAGGUGAUCCCCAAGCAGUUUGCAUCCGUCCCCUUCCAGUACCGACGCAUGAAAGCUGAGUGGAAGAGCAACGUGUACCUGGCGCGCUCCCGCAUUCAGGGGUUGGGUCUGUACGCCGCCAGGGACAUUGAGUCCCACACCAUGGUGAUUGAGUACAUUGGUACCCUCAUUCGCAAUGAGGUCGCCAACCGGAUGGAGAAGAUGUACGAAUCCCAGAACCGGGGAGUCUACAUGUUCCGCCUGGACAGUGAGCAUGUUGUCGAUGCCACCAUCACUGGCGGACCAGCAAGAUACAUCAACCACUCCUGCGCCCCCAACUGCAUCGCAGAGGCCGUGAGAUUGGAGAGAGGCGACAAGAUCAUCAUCAGCUCUUGCCGCAAUAUCCAGAGAGGAGAAGAGCUGUGCUACGACUACAAAUUUGACCUGGAGGACGACCAGCAUAAGAUCCCUUGUCACUGCGGUGCGGUUAAUUGCCGGAAAUGGAUGAAUUAGAACAGGGACAGUUGGGGCAAAAUACAGGCUACAACACUUCCAAAUGAUGGCGCACACACAUUCCUUGUUAUCUUUUUAUAUGCUUGUUGGUUCGUCAGCUGAAAAACGUAUUACUUAAACAAAGACAACUUAUCAGGGCAAGACACUGACCGCAGAACUGUUAGAGAAGACUAAAGAGGGAAGGGGCAUCGCAGGCACGAAGACAAUUCUUUUUGAGGCUGAGAACCGAGUCUUUCACUUUAUAUAUAUAUAUAUAAAUGAAUGGAUUAGGGGAGGGUGUUUUGGGGUAGAAUUCACCAGUUGACCAGGAGAGUUUUGUGCUGGCCACCGCCUUAUUUAGUUAUUGAGGCAGGUCCUCUGGAUUAUGAAAUAUAUACAAAUAUAUAUAUACAUAUAGUUACAGAAAUGUAGACACCACUGAACAAGGAAUGUACAGAGAAGACUUCCUUAGGGACAAAGCUAAGGGAUUGUUAACUUGCACUAAAACAAAUUUAGUCGAAAAUACUUGAUUCCAUGAGUCAGUUUUUUUCCUUUUAUGUAAAAUACGAGCAUUUUUGUAUUUAUUAUGGAAUCGCCGGCAAACUGCUGCCCAGUCUGAUCAGAACGUGUUACUUUAUACAAAGUGUAAAUAGUCAAUUAAGUAAACAAUUGACCACAUGCUACCAUAACUACAUCAUGGCUGUUUGGGUGAAUACAUUUUUUUUGAGAAAAGUAUUUAAGAAGGAUGUCAUAUCAUUCUAAGAGUUUAUGUGCUGUAUAAAACUGUACAGAAUGUGUAAAAAAAAAAAUCUAGAGUAUUUUUGUUGUAUUUAGAAUUAAGUUGUGUUGUCAAAUUCUGACCACUUGAAGAAUAUACUUUGCGUUUCAUUUUCCUUGGGACAAUUUCUGUUUGCAUUGACACGCGCAAUCAAAGAGAGCACCAAUCACAUCGAGACGACUGAAAUCCUAACCCUAGUUAAUCUGACGUGAAUGUAGAAUUAGAGAGAACUGUGAAUUUAAGGUUGGAAGCCACCAAACCAUCAGUUAGCUUGUUUAACUGUAUGUGUACAGCAGUCACUCUGAGAUUCACCUCAUACAGAUAAUGCUGUGCUUGGGGGAAAAAAUGCAUUUUACUUACCAGUUGCAGGAGACACAAUUAUGCUUUUCACAUGAAAUGAUUUUUGUUUUUUGUUUACAUUUCAUAAACAUUCUGUUUAGUGCCGGCUAGUUGAGAAAAAAUAUGCUACUGUAUGAUCAUUUUGAUUUCUUUACACUCAAUCACGAAAAUUGGAAUCUGGUACUAGCAUUUCGUUGACCAGUUUGAAAUGAAGUUUUCAUGUGUGUGAAGUGUACAAAAGUUGGUAUAUUCAGUCUCGUUGUAAUAAACAGUACAUGGCAUGAUGUAUUUUUAAACUUUCAGAAGAAUCAAUUGUAUAUAAUUUUCCAUAAUGGUUAAUGAAAUUUGUUUCUUGGAUAUUUUCUCCUCUUGUACAAUAUUCAGACCUCUUUAAUAGUGUCUCUUUUCUUUGUCCUGUAUAGUAAUGUCUAAAAAGCCUUUUUGAAGUAUACAGCGUGUGAUGGAGUUUGGAAUCAGAUUUAGGAUCAUUUACAAAAAAUAAAAUAUUUUACAUCUUA